AAAUAAUAUAGAUACGGACAGUUAAUUUUCAAAAAAAAUUCUUAUCGACAGCUUCGAUAAGCAAAGAUUACGGCCAUAUGUCAUGGUUGUGCUAGAUGACAAGAUACCUAUCGCGCUAAAUGCCCUAGUGGUUCAAUAAAGGUAGUUAAGGCUGAUCGAGUCCCUACUUUUUAGUAGCCGUGAGACUUUUUCCAAGCAAACUGGAAUUCUGAAGUGUCAUCAUGGCGUCAUACGUAUAGUAAUAGCUACGUCUUAUUUUCUCCAAUUAUACUUGACGUCUUUCUAACUCUGAGACUUCAUUCACCUCCUUCUAGGUUAUUUAGGUCAGAACCUCGAGAUCUCAUGAGAAUCUCUGAGAAUCUUAAUUCCAGUUGAAAGUCUUUUGUUGCUUGUAUUCUUAUUCCAAUAUGGUAAACUUUAAUGGAAUCCCCAAGGAAAGUACAAAAAGAAGCUACACGAUUUACCGAAUUGGCAAUGUAUUACUUAAUAUAGACAGAGCUUAAAUAUUACUUUAUCAGAGCUUAGUAUAUACUGUUUGGGAGCACUUGUCCACUAAGCCUGGACACUUCACCUCGAGGGUCUCUUGUCAUUAAAAAAUUAAGGUUCAGUCAUGCAUCAUGUUGAACGACCCCUAAUCUUAUUCAACUUCAAUCGAUCUCGUUCACCGUCAAAAAAGACGAAUUUCACGCGAUUGACCAUCUCGCUCAAUGAAAAACCAAUAAAGUGCUCAAUUUUGUCCGAGUAAAAAGGAUUCUUGCUCGCUAUCAUUUUAUUACAGAAACAUCUUAUAAUUUGUCUUUGACGUAAUCGAUACACUUGACGUAAAAACUCGAAAUCUCACCAACGAAAUUGAUCAAUUGCGAUAACUUGGAUACCCAACGGCUUGGUUGCUUAAGUAAUUAUUAAUUAUUUACAUAUUUUCUAAUAAUUCAUACUAUCGUAAGAUUUGAUUAUUUAGCAAUUUUCACACAACAUUACACAUGGACAUUAACGUAGGAUUGGAUCAGUCGAGAAAAUUAUAAUUUAUAAAAAAAUUAAUGCAAUCUUUGCUAAAUUUUAUUACGGUCCAUUGACUGUCUUUGUCGAGUUUAUAACAUUCGAUAUUUGGGGUUCCGUAUGCUGUUACAUCUUGCAGUAGUGACACUAAUCUAUAUAGGGUGUUAUCAAACAGAUAACGUUGCCAGCGCUCCUAUCUGGUAGCCAUAUUUUCGAUGCAAUAUAUAGGUGAUCAAUGUAUUAGCUAUACUUUCCAGUGUGGUAAUACGAGCACAACCGUUAACCUCGUACAGAUACUUUUCUUAGGACUAGCUAAGCUAUUUGUUGCACUAAGUUAUACCAGUCAGAGAUCGCUAGAUCAUGAUUAGUUGACCGUGUGCUUUUAUUCCUAUCUCAAAACUAAAUCCAGUCUAAAUAUUCCACGCUAUCGUACCACGGUCGUAAAGAAUAAGGUAUCACGACAAUUUGUAAACGAAUCGGCUAAUUUCUUUGUAUUAAUGAAAAGUCUGAUAAAAUCAAUUAUUAUAAAUUAUAUAAAAGCUCGUGUAAUACAAAGAGUGAAAGCGAAUUAAAAGAAAUAAGAAAAACGUGGUGGACUACCGACAAUCGGAACAUCGACGAUCCGACGGCCAAGAAAAUUUUCAUUUUCGAAAAGGGACACCAAACAGAAAACGACAUUCUGAUGGACUUUUCCCCAAAGAUCAGUCGUUUCCGACUGUAAUAUCGUUUUACGUGAAACUGACAAUUCCUGGUGAUUGAAGAACUCAACGAAUUUUCGGAAUACCACAGUACGACGUAGACUCGAUAUCCGACAGGGAAAAAAUGGCUACUGGAUACGAUGAAUGUUAUGAUGCUUCCUGGCAUCUGAUUCCUCCAGAUUAUGUUAGCAAUGAGGAUGAUUACAGAUUAUUCGAAAGCAUGAAGAUGCCUGCGAGGAUGUCCAGUUUUCAUAUCAGCGACAUCCUGGAGCUGAAUGAUCCCAAACCCACUCAAGAGGAGUCCGAGAUACAGGCAGGCACCACAGUAAUACCACCAGCAACCGACGUACCGUCGACCUAUCAGCAACUCCUGGAGCACACGACCGCCAUGUUACAACCGGCUGUACAUGCGAAUCUAGCCAGAGGUACAUUGCCACCACCGCCACCAGGUAUAUUAGGAUGGCCAACGGGUCCAGCAUUACCCACGAACAUGCCUCAACCACUAGAGGAAGUAAACGUUCUUCAGCAGCCAGACUCGACCAGUCCAACGAUCUCGGACCUGUCCUUCCCGUCUCACCAAGACAACGGCCACGAGUCCAAGGACGACGAGCAGGAGUUCGAAGAGGAGCAACAUCCGAACGACUCCCAGGCACACGAGGGCGAGCACAAGAAGAGGAAGCGACGCGUCCUCUUCUCCAAGGCGCAGACGUACGAGCUGGAGAGACGCUUCAGGCAGCAGAGAUACCUCAGCGCACCCGAGCGCGAACACCUGGCGAGCAUCAUACGGCUGACCCCUACCCAGGUCAAGAUCUGGUUCCAGAAUCACAGGUACAAGACGAAGAGGGCAGCGACGGAGAGGGUGGAGGCUGGCGGAAGUGGAUGUUCUCCAAGAAGAGUCGCGGUUCCGGUACUAGUCAGGGACGGUAAACCGUGCCAAUCGAAGCUCAUGGAACAAGCGACGUAUCCCGGAAACGGGCAGGUACCGAUGGCGCCCUAUAUGCAGAAACCGUACUGGUGGUAAACGUUGAUCGUUGAACGGAUUUGUGCGAACUGGUCUUUUUAUUUUCUUCGUGAGGACUCAAAGUUACGGUGGUGUUUUUCUUUCUCUUUCAUUACUUUUUACUUUCUCUUAUGUUUCCUACUUUCUCCGUUCCCAUGGACUGGGCCGAGGCGCUUCGGUCUCGUUAAGACGAAGAGUGAUUCUUAGUGCGAAUAUUAUACAUAUAGCGAAUAGAUAGACGUGAUAUAGCUAGAUAAAUGAAUAUCGUAAAUUUCGAGGUUAAUGUAUCCAUUAAGUUUUGUACAAAGAGUCGUUGGGUAUAAAGAGUUCAAAUUAGUUAUUAGUAUUAACCGUGUACCAGUGUCACUCGUCCUUGCGACGAGAUUAAAUGGUACGACUUCGUCAUCGGUGAUUAGGAUUAGCGCUCGUGACGUGUACGAUUAAUGGGAUUGAUCGUACGAUUGGGAUUGAAUAUCUAUUUUUUUUUUUUUUUCCUUACAGUAUGUACUUCCGUAUUGUUCGUAAAUUUUCAAAGUAUUGCCCAAGGAAAGUUUUUUCAAAAGUCUUUAUCCUCCCACUGGACGAUCCAACGAAUUGCGUAACGAGCAUAGAGCGUCUAUGAUAAAUCGCGUUAGCGAUUCAAGACGUUGCGAUGCGAUAACAGGGACGAUAAGAAAUUUUUAUCUGUCGCACGUGAAAAUAAAAAUUGAGACGAACAAUAAUUAAAAGAACCAGUGACGAGCGGAGAAGAUCGUCAAAUUCACGAGUCUUCGUAAAAAGGGGUGGAAUAAAAUUUUUAUCUACUCAAAAAUUUGUCGCUCAUCCAAAUUGGGGGUUAAAAUAAUCUUAUCCCUUUUGGUAAGGUAUCGUGUAGUUUCGUUGUAUAUUAAAAAAAAAAAGAAUAUCAAGAAACCU